ACACUUAUUCUCUUACUAACUAGGCUAAGCUAUUUAGCUAACUAUCUACCCACCUAUCUAUCUUUCUACAUAGCUAACUAGCUAGCUAGCUAUCUGUCUAUCUACUAGUUAGAGGUAACUAGCAUUUUUGCCUUCUUUCAUCCACUUUUUACGACUAUUCUCAUUUUUCAACUAGUAAUCAACUAGACGGAUUAAGCGUUGACGCCUUGUGGUGUAUUCUUUGACUGAUAUAUACAGCCGAGUUUUUUUUUGAAAUAAUUAUUUGGAGGCUAACCCACAAGAAAAAAAUAAUCCCGUCUCUAGACAAUCACAAGCGGAGGAGAAUGUCACAAUUCCAGCCUAUUUCACUCGGUCAAACAGUACAGAUACCAUCUCAACAACAACAACAACAACAGCAACAAAUUCUACAACAACAAAAUCAAUGUCAACAGUAUCAACUGGAACCGUGUGAUAUUAAACCACAAUUCUCGUUAAUACCGAAUAUAUCACCGAAUUUAACUAACAACAACAACAACAACAGCGGUAAUAACAUGAAUAUAUCUCAGAGUGGUAUAGGUAACUUUGGUGCCUUAAUGACAACAUUAGAUACUGUAGUCAGUGGAAUGAAUAACAAUAGUAAUAAUAAUAAUAACAAUAAUACAGGCGGUGGACAAGCAGGACAAUUUGCUACACCGAUGAAUCACACAGAUGUCGCCUCACUUCUAAUGAAUCCAAGUAAACGCGCUGAAACAUUUGUCAUUGAUGAAGUCAAAGUUAUGUUGAAAGAGAUAGAGGCAAGAAAGCAUAUCCUGUUGUCAUUAUCACCGUCAACAAAUCGUUUAAAACGUCGUGCAUGGGAAGAUGUAGCUAUGUCUAUGGCAGUUCGAUGGCCUCAUUCACCGAGAAGAACCGCCGAUCAAGUAAAGAAAAAAUGGGAAAAUCUUGUCUCUAAAACAAAACGUAAAGUCCGCGCUGGUCAUAUCACACCGGAACUGGAUUGGAAUGAAACAAAUGCCGCCGUUAUGCAAUUUCUUACACAACAUAGUCCACCUGUCCGUCUAAGAUAUUUAUCAUCAACUGGCCCGUCUUUGCUUAGUCUUGGAGAUCUACAAGCAUCAUCCGCUUCGGUGUCGGCAUCAGCGUCUUCUGUUUUGACAACAUCAGGUGGUGCUACAGCUAUGAAUGGUGCCUUUAAUCAAACUAAUUCACAUAUUUAUGGAUUGUCAAAUACCUCAUUCUCAGAUCCAUAUAGUAAUAAUAAUAAUGAUAGUUCUAUUUUCUCCAAUAGUCACCAUUCAUCGAUGAUGCUGUCUUCUGAAAAAUCGGCUAUUCUUAAUUCCUGUCUACGACAAGAAAAUAAAAAUAACAAUAAUAAUAAUAGUAGUAAUAACAAUACUACUAAUGCUAAUGCUGGCAGUAGUAAUAAUAGUACCACCAAUGGGCAACAUUCUUUUAUCAGUCAUGAAACAAAUGAUUUAAAUUCAUUCAACAAUGUUGGAUCAUCAGGAGCCGGUGGAAGUGGUGAUAAACAACAUUUAAAUACGUCGACAGAAGAUAAAGAUGUUGACAUGACAACAGGAAAUAAUAAUAACAACAGUAAUACUAAUAAUAUUAAUAAUAGCAGUCAAAAUCAUGGAGAUUCAUCAGAAGUAGUUGGUAAUAUCGCUGGAUCAGUACAUGAAUCAUUUCUCUCCUCAUUUUCACCAUUCAAUCAAUCAUUUCUUAAUUUUGGUCUACCUCCAUCAAAUCAUCAUGAUUCCCUCUAUACAACAUUUAAUCAUGACAUUCAAAAAGAAUUAUAUUCACAAUUGAAACAAGAACAUGAAUUACGCAUGGAUAUAUUACGUUUACAAAAACAAACUUGGGUAUUACAAAUGAAUUUAUUUAAAAAAAUGAAAGUUGAACAAAUCUCCAGUCUGUUUUCAUCACCACACCUUUCUUUGCCUACAACAACGGCGACAGCAGUAACUUUUACUCCUCCUAGCAAUGCUACUACUAAUAGUGUUGUCAGUAGUAACAACAACAACAGCACUGCCUGUAGUAUUACUCCUGUCGCUGGUAGUAAUACUUCUGUCUCUGCUACACUAUCGUCUUCAUUAACUGUACCAUCAUCAUCGUCAAAUGAAGUCAAUCAUUCGUUGAUGAAUACUUCAACAAAUCCAUCAACGACUUCUGCUGUCACUGCUAGUCUGACAACUACUCCUACCGCUACUCCUACUACUAACGCUACUACCGCCGCUGCUUCAAUUACCAAGCCUAAUUCAUCGAUUCAACAAUUAACUGUCAAUCAUCAGAGUGAGUCGAAUUCUACUCCAGAGACUCGGCCGUUAUCACCAAUGUUUCCAGGGGUUGCGAACAGUCAUCCUCCUCCUCCUCCUCCUCCUCAUCAUCAUCAUCAGAAUGUUGUAUUGACAAAUGUUGAGAAAAUGGAGGGUUAAUCGAUAGAGUACAUCCCAAUUAUAUAUAUACAUGUUUGUGUGUGUGUGGGGGGGUGCGUGCGUGCGUGCAUCGAGGAUGGUAUAAUCUGAUCACAAUGUGUGAAUGUGACACACACUCACACCCAUCUAACAAGCAAACACUGACAUGAAUUGUGUUAUGUGUGUGGUUUUGCCGAUAAUUUUGUUAAUACAUUGAAGGAAGAUCUGUUGUACAAUACAGUAUUUAUUAUUAUUAUUAUUACUAUAUUUAAUAAACAAUUUAUAAAAACCA